AUGGACGCACACGCACGCCUCCCGGCGCGCCCACCCCGCCCGCGUGCGCGUGCGCGUGCCCCUGUCCGCCUCCCGUUUGCCGCCUCCACCGCAACGCGGCGCGCGGGGUGGUGGUGCCCUCGCGAUCCUCGUGUCGAUCCCAGCGGCAGGGGUGCCUGUGCCUUUGCUUCUCCUGGCCGUUGCCCGCGCCUCGCGGUCGCGCACCUGAACCGGAGCCCCGCGUCAAAUCUAGGGUUGCAUCCGCGCCGCCCCCUCCUCCCGAGACUCCCAGCGGCUGGAACCAGAACGAGGGUGACAGGCGACGAAAGCUGCGAGGGACGCCCCCUCGUCGAAUGCACUGGCGACCGUUCCGUCGAGGAGCAGCCGGAGCACGCAGGAGGUUAGUUUAGUUGAGGGAAAAGCUUUGAAAAUGUCAUCCACCGUGCCGAAGUCAUCAAAUAUCUUCUGGCAUGAUUGUCCAGUUGGCAAGACUGAUCGCCAGAAGCUACUCAAGCAGAAAGGUUGUGUUGUCUGGAUUACAGGCCUUAGUGGUUCAGGUAAAAGUACCUUGGCAUGUACAUUAGGCCGUGAGCUCCACACAAGAGGGAAGCUUGCAUAUGUCCUUGACGGUGAUAACUUAAGACAUGGUCUGAACAAGGAUCUUGGCUUCAAAGCUGAAGACCGUGCUGAAAAUAUAAGGAGAGUUGGUGAAGUAGCAAAGUUAUUUGCAGAUGCGGGCCUUGUAUGUAUUGCAAGUUUGAUAUCUCCAUAUAGGAGAGACCGUGAAUCUUGCCGUGCAUUGUUGUCUGAUAGUAGCUUCAUUGAAGUUUUCUUGAACAUGUCCUUGGAAUUAUGUGAAGCAAGAGAUCCAAAGGGCCUCUAUAAGCUUGCUCGUGCAGGAAAAAUAAAGGGUUUUACAGGAAUAGAUGACCCUUAUGAAGCACCACUGAAUUGUGAGAUUGAGAUCAAAGAGGUAGAUGGUGUAUGCCCUCCGCCUGCUGAGAUGGCAGGGCAAGUUGUUACUUACCUUGAGGAGAAAGGCUUCCUGCACGAGUAGGCUGAAUCCAAGCAACAUCUGGGGAAGAUUUCAGUAAGACUAGCGCAGAAUAAGUCAAAGGCGCUGGCAGUUACGGUAUAGCAGUUGCAUAGAUUGGCCUCAAUGCCUUAGUAUUUUCUUUCCGUACUUCCUCUGCCACAGGCUCCAUGCAAUUUCAUUCAGAUGAGCCUGGAUGGUUCCUAAUUUCUUUGACCUCUAGAGUAGAUUACUUGUAAUGCAACUCUGAUAACCACUUGGGGCAGUAUCGAUGUGGCAAUCGCAAUCCUCACGGCAGUCACCCUCGCCCGCACACAUAAAAUUCCCGCGCCCAGGUGACACCGCGCGCGGCAACGCGACACAACCCGACGAAGCCAAACCGAGCAAGCAAAUUAAAGCAAGCAUCCGACCAACCCGUGCGCGCGGCGCGAGGAAGCUCAGCCAACGUGAUGGUGUUCAGCGCCUCGUUCAUGGCGGCGGCGGCGCGCGUGCCGGCGGAACUGUGCCAGCGGCCCCCGCGCCCGGGGCAGCGGCGGGUGAGCGCGGACGACGUCCUGCGCGCUCUGUACCUGCCCCCGGCGCGGCCCCCGGCGCGGGAGCUCGGGCGCCUGGGGACUUCCUCUUCGGCUUUUUCUGCCUGCCGCUGCCGGAGUACGGCCGCGGCGGAGGGUGGGUGGCACUGGCACGGGUGCCCGACGCGGUGCUAUACACCUACCGGAGGUCUCUGUCGGUCACCUCGUCGUCCUCAUCCUUCUCCUCGUCGAUGUCCUCGUCGGAGGACGACUGAUUG